AUCCAGGGCUUUUUUCUUACAGUUUCCCCAGAGUCAGUAUUAAAAGUGGCUCACUAUGCUUCUGAAAACAAUAGAAUUUUCAGUUUAAAUCUAUCUGCACCAUUUAUUAGCCAGUUCUACAAGGAACCAUUGAUGAAAGUUAUGCCUUAUGUUGACGUACUUUUUGGAAAUGAGACGGAAGCUGCCACUUUUGCUAGAGAGCAAGGCUUUGAGACUGAAGACAUUAAAGAGAUAGCCAAAAAGGCACAAGCCCUGCCAAAGAUGAACUCAAAGAGGCAGCGGGUCGUGGUCUUCACCCAAGGGAGAUAUGACACUAUAAUGGCUACAGGAAGUGAAGUCACUGCUUUUGCUGUUUUGGAUCAAAACCAGGAAGAAAUUAUUGAUACCAAUGGAGCUGGAGAUGCAUUUGUUGGAGGUUUUCUGUCACAGCUGGUCUCUGACAAGCCUCUGACUGAAUGCAUCCGUGGUGGCCACUAUGCAGCAAGCAUCAUAAUUAGGCGGACCGGCUGCACCUUUCCUGAGAAGCCAGACUUUCACUGAUGGAAGAGCAAAAAGCCCAAGCCCAAGGACACUGUCCUGAUUGCUUUCUGAGAAUUUCCAUAUUGUUAAAGAAGAAAUUAUCUGUCUUGUUUUCCUGCUGUAAUAAUGUUCAUUCUUAAUUUAGUGGGUACAGGAAUGCUCAUAAAAUCUUUAUGCUCUCAACAACCUAAAAAAUGAUGUCUGUUUCCAUAGUUUGAUAGUGUCACUUAAAUGUCAAUUAAACAGGAAUAUAACAUUUCAAUAGAAAUUUUUAGUUCAUUUUAAAUUACUUUCUAAAGUCAUGUGUAUUUAGUAAUUGAUCAGUAUUUUUACAUUUCUGCUUUAAAUGCAGAUGUAAUUUAAUAUAAUAGAUUUUUUAAAGGAAUUGAUCCUAGCACAUCAAUCUUUAGCUUUUUAUACAAAUAUACUUAAUUUAGGAGUGUAUGUACAUAUACAUACACGCAUGUACAUAAAUGUAACACAUAUGUACAUGAUAAAUAGUCAAAUAAGGAACAGAACAUUCAUCUUGCCAAGUUAUGCCAAAUAAUCUCUUCAGUGUGCACUCAAACAUGUAAUAAACUUUGGAUAAUUAAAUAAUUUGCCAAAUUUUAUGUUAUAUUACAAUAUUCAAAUCAUAAUCUUAUACUUACUUAUGGUACUCUGUAAUUUGAUACAAAUAAAAACUUGUCAUAUAGGAA